CUCAACUUUGGUCAGUGUUCCUUUUCGUUGCAAGUAACGGAUUAUAAAAAGGGAAUCAUGCAACGAGUUUUUACUUUUUCGACGACGAGCGGUUCAGGAUCAGAAGGCCUUUUGGAAGCGACACAUACAAAUACCGUGGAUGAUCGCAUUGGUUUUAAAACAUUUAUAUCAACUAGAUUUGAUUUCAUUCAAGCAUGCAAUCCUGCUGCGGACCGAACGUUGACGAUAGUGCAGGUGCGAGAUGUUGCUGUGGUCCUACAAGUGAUAAUGGAGGAUGCUGCAGCGGAGGCGGUUGCGACAAUACAACAAAUUCCGAUUCGUCCGAGGAUACCCUACUCGCAUUUGACGAAACGGAUCUCAUCUCCCAAAACGAACCUUUGAAAGUAAAGGUUGACCUUGCGCGGCUCUGCUCAACAUGUAUCGCAUGCCAUUGCACUCAUUGCACAUGCAGAGCUCUUUUACCGUCAAAGUUGCUUUCGGCUCCAAAUCAUCCCCGUUCUGCAAGGUUUCGAGUGGGAUUGCCGACGGGGUAUACUCCAUCCAGGCCUUCAGAGCUCCUACCAGCUUGCAUAGCGGACCCCGAAGCCCGAGCGCGUUGUGCUCAUGGGCGCCGCUGUGCGCUUCGUAAUGUCGGUAACCUGUUGGCUGUUGAGGUACCAGAAGUUAGGGGAGUAACGGUUGCCGAUGGUGAUGGCGGAGAACGAGAAGCGCUGUUAGUGGACGUCUACUUUAAAUGCGACUUGUCCACCGAAUUGGCUGCCCAUUGUCGCAACAUUUUGCUUGCUCGUGGGUAUCGAUUCGUUGAGAUUGUCGCCGCUUCAUCGGAUGUCUUUCCCAGCAAGUUUCCUCAAACAUCUCCCUCAUUGUUCACACAGACAGUACUUGAGUUGAACGGACUCACUUGUGGAUCCUGUGUACGGGCCAUCGAAGGGGCGUUGAAAAAGGUGGAAGGAAUAAGUAAAGAUGGGCUUCAAGUAACAUUGGACCCACAGCAAGCAGUCAUUCUGCACGAUGCUUCAGUAGUGUCAGCUCAAACUCUGAUUGACAGAAUUGAGGGCAUCGGGUAUGAAGUAUUAAAUGCCACGACGCAUGCUACCAAGCCUACGGAAACGAGUCUGCGCACAAGUUCAAGCACGUCCGUACGAACCAAAACAAUGUUGACAAUACAUGGAAUGACAUGCGCUUCCUGCGUGGGCACCCUUGAAGACAUGCUCAAACGCCUACCCGGUGUGGAAACGUCGUCGGUAGUCGUCACCCUCUUACCUCAACGAGCGAUCGUCUUGCAUGACUCCACAGUCCUCCCAUCGGAAAAGCUCGUCAGCGCAAUUGACGACAUGGGCUACGAAGUCCUCGCUACCGAUGUAGAAACACUGCGAGCCACUGCGGAAUCCAACCAGAAAGUUGUCGAUGACAACCUUGAAAUUGUCACAGAUUACCCUCAUGAACCCGCUCAAACUACUACCAAGUUGAAUGUCGGUGGCAUGACAUGCGCUUCGUGUGUUUCAGCCAUCGAGACCAACCUAACCCAAAAACCAGGGGUUCAAGACGUUGCCGUAAACUUGAUAACAGGGCAAGCUAGCAUCAAGCAUGAUCCGACCAUCAUUGGACCCCGUGAUCUCAUUGCUCUCGUCGAGGGUUUGGGCUACACGGCAGAACUCGCCCCUCAUACAAACAGAAUGGAUCUCGUCAAGGCCCGUGAAGCGGCGGAGCGUCGCAUGUAUGGCCGUCAGCUUCUUUGGGCUUUUUUCUUUGCGGUACCGACUUUUAUCAUUGCCAUGAUUUUCAUGAUGGCGCUGGCGCCAGAUCAACCUAUUCGCCAGUCCAUGAUGAUGGAAAUUGUACCUGGUUUGAGCGUUAAUGCCCUGGUGUUGUGGAUUACGGCUACACCGGUGCAGUUCUGGUUGGGAAAGAGGUUUUACGUUGGUGCUUGGAAAAGUUUGGUUUACGCAAAAUCUGCAAAUAUGGACGUGCUGGUAGCAUUAGGAACCAGCGCAGCGUAUUUCUACUCUGUAUACGCCGUCAUCUAUGGCAUUGUUACCAAAACAGAAGCCGAAGCACAGUUUUUUGAGACAUCCAUUCUCCUCAUUUUCUUUAUUCUUUUGGGAAAAUACAUGGAAGCUUAUGCAAAAGGCAAAACGUCAGAUGCUAUCACCAAAUUAAUGGGUCUCGCCCCAGACACUGCUACCCUCGUACUGUCGGAUUACAAUGACCCAAGAACGACUACCGAGCAAGAAGUAGAUAUUGCUCUGGUACAAGUUGGUGAUGUUCUCAAAGUCACCGCAGGAGGCCGAAUCCCUUGCGACGGCGUAAUAGUCCGCGGCACAAGUUUCAUUGACGAAAGUAUGCUCACAGGUGAACCAGUACCGGUCACCAAAACGGUCGGCGACGACAUCAUGGGGGGAACGGUGAACCAAAACGCAGUAAUAUACGUCAAAGCCGUCAAAGUUGGUUCGGAAACCGCUCUAUCUCGCAUCAUUCGACUGGUGGAGGAUGCCCAAACGUCUCGUGCCCCUAUUCAAGCCGUUGCUGAUAAGAUAUCCCGUUACUUUGUUCCUGCGGUAGUCAUCAUUGCCCUCGUGACAUUGAUUGUGUGGGUCUCUGCCGUGUAUUCAGGAGCGGUGCCAGAGGAGUGGUGGGGUAAAGGAAAAGCAGCCUUUGCACUAGACUUUGCCAUUGCUGUGCUGGUCAUUGCUUGCCCAUGUUCCCUGGGAUUGGCGACUCCAACUGCUGUGAUGGUUGGAACUGGAGUUGGCGCGAAAUACGGUAUUCUAGUUAAAGGCGGUGGAGCAGCCCUAGAAAUGGCCCACAACGUCAAAGCCAUCGCAUUCGACAAGACUGGUACACUGACACAAGGAAAGCCAAGUCUAACUGACUCUAAAUUCUUCCCUGAACCCAACGGCCGAAUCGUGAAUGAAUCUGAUUUCUGGACGCUCGUCGCAACUGUCGAAGCAGCAAGUGACCAUCCUCUAGCACGUGCGGUUGUGCAGUAUGCCACGGAAGAGAAAGGUGCAAAUGUCACUGGAGCGAGCACCAUUUCCGUCCAAGAAAUUGUUGAAUCUGCCGGCAAGGGUCUUGGAGCAGUCAUUGAAGCCUCAGCAAACGAAAAGUACAUGGCAUACGUUGGAUCGCGUCGUUGGAUGGAAGAAAACGCUUGUAUACCCGUUGAUGCUUCCAUAGUAGAUACAACCACAGACAACUGGCAAUCCGAUGGUAAAUCGAUGGUCUACGUUGGCAUCAGACCAAUCACACCGUACCCCAGCACCCCAGCCGCGGGCCACCUACUUGGCAUCCUAGCCAUUUCAGAUGUGAUCCGCCCCGAAGCUCCAGCGGUCAUCCAGGCACUGCAACGACGCGGGGUGGCGGUAUGGAUGAUCACAGGUGACAAUACGCGGACGGCACAAGCUGUUGCUAGACAGUUGGGCAUACAUGAAGAUCAGGUGUUGAGCCAAAUCUUACCUGGCGAGAAGGCGGAAAAGGUCAAAUGGCUGCAAUGUGCCGUCAGAGCGCAAGACAAGAAGGCAAGAGUGGCCAUGACCGGCGAUGGAAUCAAUGAUUCUGUUGCAUUGGCACAAUCUGACGUUGGUAUCGCCAUUGGCACGGGUUCAGACGUGGCGAUCGAGUCGGCGCAAGCUGUUCUCAUGAAAUCUGAUCUCCGCGACGUCCUCACUCUGCUCGACCUCUCCCGUACAACAUUCAACAGAAUAAAACUAAACUUUCUUUGGGCGUUUGGGUAUAAUUCCAUCGGAAUCCCGUUGGCAGCGGGUGUCCUCUACCCGGCUGCGAGGAUCAUGUUGGCACCGUGGAUGGCAGGCUUGGCAAUGGCUGCAAGUAGUGUCUGUGUAGUAGUGAGCAGUCUAGCCCUCAAAUUGUAUCGACCGCCGACGAUUGCAAAGUGAGAAACGAUGGGGAUGUUGGAUUUAUUUAUUUACUCUACUUGUAAUGUUGUAUUUCACAAUAUGAGUGCAUUGCACAUUGUCACUAGUCC